AUGGACUUCACGGCACCGACAGAGAUGGUGGACAUGAGGCUGGGAGAGAAACUCAACGGGACGCUGGGCGCCGAGAGCGCGGACGCCAGUUACACCGGAGCGGAGAAUCAGGAGUUGGAAGAAUUUCUGCCUCAUGUCUCUGGGAAGGAGAAGCCACGGUUCACGGAUUUCGAGGGGAAGACCUCCUUCGGCAUGUCCGUGUUCAAUCUCAGCAACGCCAUCAUGGGGAGCGGCAUCCUAGGCCUGGCCUACGCCAUGGCGAACACCGGAAUCCUCCUCUUCCUGUUCCUCCUCACGGCCGUCGCCCUUCUGUCCACCUACUCCAUCCACCUGCUGCUGAAGUCCUCCGGGAUAGUCGGGAUUCGCGCCUACGAGCAGCUGGGGCUCAAAGCCUUCGGGACUCCCGGCAAGAUGGCCGCCGCCAUCGCCAUUACGCUGCAGAACAUCGGAGCCAUGUCCAGCUACCUGUACAUUGUGAAGUCGGAGUUGCCGCUCGUCAUUCAGACGUUCCUCAAACUCUCCGAAAAAACUUCGGACUGGUACCUAAAUGGGAAUUACUUGGUGAUCAUGGUGUCCAUCUGCAUCAUCCUGCCGCUGGCGUUGAUGAAGCAGCUGGGGUAUUUGGGCUACGCCAGCGGGUUCUCCCUGAGCUGUAUGGUGUUCUUUCUGUGCUCGGUGAUUUAUAAAAAGUUUCAGAUCCCGUGCCCUCUGCCGCUGGGCAGCCUCAACCAGACUAUGGCCGAAAACUUCAGCCUGCCCUAUGGGCACGCGUAUCAGAACGGGCACGCCACCGUGGAGUCCGACGCGGGGCAGUGCGCCCCCCCAAACUGUUCGCCCUGAACUCCCAGACGGCCUACACUAUUCCCAUCAUGGCAUUUGCCUUUGUCUGUCACCCGGAGGUCCUUCCUAUAUACACUGAGCUGAAGGACGCCUCGAAGAAGAAGAUGCAAAGCGUGUCUAAUAUCUCCAUUGCCGUCAUGUACUGUAUGUAUUUCCUGGCCGCCCUCUUCGGAUACCUCACCUUCUAUGGCCAAGUGGAGUCGGAGCUCCUGCACACGUACAGCGCGGUGGACACCUUCGAUAUCCUGAUCCUGUGUGUGCGAGUCGCUGUGCUCACCGCCGUCACCCUCACUGUCCCCAUCGUCCUAUUCCCGGUGCGGCGCGCCAUCCAGCAUAUGCUGUUCCAGAACAAGGAGUUCAGCUGGAUCCGCCAUGUCAUCAUCGCCAUGGUGCUGCUGACGUUAAUCAACCUCUUGGUUAUUUUUGCCCCGAACAUCCUGGGAAUAUUCGGCAUUAUUGGUGCCACGUCCGCUCCGUGUCUGAUCUUCAUCUUUCCCGCCAUCUUCUAUAUCCGGAUCAUGCCCAAAGACAGGGAGCCCAUGAAGUCCCCCCCCGAAGAUACUGGCCGCUUGCUUUGCCGGGUUGGGCGUUCUCUUCAUGAUCAUGAGUCUUAGUUUCAUCAUCAUUGAUUGGGCAACCGGGAGCAGCAAAAGUAGCGGCAGCCACUAA